CAUCGUCAAAAGGAGAYCGGUAGUUCGCAAUCAAGGACGUCAAGUGCACGRCAAAGAAGAGGGAGAAGAACAGGGCAGGGAAGGUKCUUUGAAGCAUUCUUCUURGGAGCAGGCACAAAGAAGAUUAUCGAAGACAAAGCUGUAGAAGAGCACAAGUUAAAUAAUUUUGAACCAUUGCCACCUUUGGUUGUUACUGUUGUUGUUGCCGACGUUGUUUUCCUUUCAAGACGGCGCGGCAUUGAAUAAAGAAGGUACAGAAUGAAGCGAGCACUGGCGGAACGCGCGCUGGCGGAACGGGCUCUGGCCGAGAAGGCGAAACAAAACAACCGAGCGAACCCGAACGGCGCAUUCUCUUCGUCUGCUCCGGUGCGGGCUGCCGUUCCGGGCACCACCACCGUUUCCGGCCCUUCUGUGCCACAGCACCCCACCGUUUCCGAUUCCACGUCUCGGGCGCCUUCAUCUGCGGCGCAGAAAGCGAAAACUCCGGAGCUAAAGAUUGAGAAACCAUCCCCCGCGAUUCCGUCGUCGGGAUCGAAGGCUUCUAAAAAGGGGAAGCCGUCCCGGUCGCCGCGGUCGACCUCUGCUUCCUCCUCUCCUCGACCCAAGAAGAGAGCCAGAGAAUCACUAGUUAAGCUCGAAGAGGAAGACGAAGACGACUCGAACAGCGCCGCCUUUUAUCUGAGACACCAGAACCGUGCUCUAGCGAGCGAACUCCGUUCGGUGAAGUACCAGCUGGCCCGUCUGGAACGAGAACGGGAACACCGGCGAAAGCAAUGCUCGGAGGCCGUCCAGAAUCUAAACACCCUGAACAUCUCGUGGGGGAAGAUCGAGGCCGAGCUGGAGCAACAGAGAAACCCCAAGAAAACGGAAGCGAGGAGUGCCACGAAGAUUAAGAUCCCCGCAAGCGAUGCUCCUCUCAGCACUGGAUCGGGAAAAUCGGUGGAAUGGAUCGGCGCCCUAAGCAAUUCCUUGGCUCGCAUAGGAACGACACCGGGAUCGUCAAAACCAAAGAAAAGGGGGAAGAAUGACGGCGGCACGGUCAAGCAAGAAGAAAGCGAGAACAGAGUCACCAAUGACGAUAGCAUGGACGUGGAUUGUGGGAACAAUGACCAAGGCAAAGAAGACGMGGAAGAUCUGAAAAACGUGGACGACAUUGCAAACAUUGCAGAAAAUAUGUCGGAGCGAGUUUCGAUUCUGCAAGCUUGGAUAUGGUCGCUUCUACAAAACCUCGAGAGAUCAAACCCUGCCCUGAAUGGAGGGUCCAAAGACCCGGAAAYAUCACUGCCAUCCGCUGCGGAGCUACAACGCCAGGUGUCGCKGGUGGAAGCCGAGAACGUUACUCUUCAAGAACACGUAGAAGARUUGGCGCGUUCCCGAGACGAAAUGGUAGAAUCGGAUCGGAGGGUCCGGCGAGGGCUMUAUCGGUUAGCGGCGGGACGUGUCAAUCUGAAAGAAGUACUGAAAGCGGUAGCAACCGCCGACGAGGACAAGGAAUCCGCGGUAGCAUGGAUGGAGAGCACCAUYGCAGUUGCGGGUUCGAAUGCUCCGGGGUCUGGUUGCCCCGCUSCGUCGUCGGGAUCGCAAACAUUGGACAGUGCAAAACCAGAAGAGGACGGGAAACAACCGGUGUCCUCGAAGGAGGUCGAGCAACUCAAAAAACAAAUAUCAGAUUUGAACACAUUGGCUUCUUCGAGGAGCGAACAAAUCAAAAAGGUGGGUCUUUUUUUCCGAACACAGCCCUGGACCUUGAAAUCUUUUUUUCUUAACUCACGUAUUCCUUUUGACUCCGUGAUCAUUCUCUAAAUUUUGGUGGAMUCAAUCAACRAUUUCAAAACUACGAUGCGCAUUGAAAAAUAGCUUCUUUCCGAGAAAGAAGAACAAACAAAAAAAAUUAAUAAAUUGGUAUUGAAGGAAGACAAAACCGCUUCUGACAUCCCGAGCAACGACGAAGUAAAGCGCUCAGAUUUAUACCUGGAAUUGACAGCGAAACUAGCAGCAACGACGAGAAAUCUUGAGGAGUUGAACGACAAAUCGGACAUGGCUAAGAAAGAGUGGUCGAUUGCGCUUGCGGAUGCCGAAUUCUCGAAAAAGGCUUUGGAAGACUUGCAAGCAAAUUUUUCGAAACGAUGGGCAGAGUUGACGGAAGAAAAAACAGAGAAAGGCGAGGCCGCCGAAGGGGAAGGCGAACUUUCCGGGAUUAGCAAGGCAAAGGAUAUAAUAACGCUACAGCACAAGCUAACCCAAGCACUCGAGAACGUUCGCCAAGCGGAAUCAACACGAAAGACGCUSACCGAAGCUGUAGCAAUGAACAAUUCACUCCAAUCAAAAGUCGAAGAGUUCAAAGCAAAAUACAAUGCCCUUCAAGCCGAGAAAGCAGCUCGUGCAAGCAAUAACCAACACACCAACAGCAAUUCUACACCAUCCAAAGAAGGAUCUUCUUCCUCAAAAACSAAGUCRUCCUCAACUCMCGGGGAGAAAAGUGAUAGAUCGAUYGAAAAGUUACAGAGGGAGUACAAACGAGCUCGCAAAGAGCUUGCAGCAACAACCGCUUCGAAAGAUGCUGCCAAAGCGAAACUGGAACGAACAGAGAAAGAUAAGGAAUUYCUKAACCAAAUGAAYUCUAGGCUGUUGAAACAAGCGUCAGAAAAAGACGAAAUCAAUGCCAAGUCUCUAUCAACGAUUCUUCAUUUGAAACAAUUGACAGAACAAAUUACGAAGGAAAAGGUGAACCUCGAACAGCAAGUCAAAAGUGCUGGCCAAUUAGCGCUGGCAGCCCGUCUCGCUUCCAAUGCUAGAGAACGCGUUGCGGAAGAAUUCGCCAAACGAGACAAGGUGCUAAAGAAACAGCUGGAGGAAUUGCAAAGCAAGUGCUCUGUUCUUGCGAAGGAGAAAGAAAACGCUGAGGGCAAACUGGCACUAGAAAAAGCUCGAAUGUCGGGGCUGAUAAGCGACGCYCACAAGGCAAAGAACAGGUGCGAGGAGUUGGCUGUUGAAUCUACAAAGCUGCAAGAGGAAAAGCAGAAAAUAAUCGAAUCCUUGGCAAUUGCAAAGCGCGAAGCAUCCGAGGCAACAACUUUGUCUAAAAAACUAGCGACUUCGAAAGGUGGUGGAGUAGUUUCAGGGUUCACUGCAGAGCAACUCAAUACGCAGGUUUCACAUCUCAAAAGUAGACUCGCCUGCCCAGUAUGCAAUGUGCGAGACAAAAAAUGCAUAUUGCUACGAUGCAGACACAUGUUUUGUAAACAGUGCGUGGAUGAAAACGUUAAGAAUCGGAGUAGAAAAUGUCCAGCUUGCGGCGGAAGGUUUGACACCAAAGACAUCGCAGAUAUUUGGCUUUGAGAAUGAGAUUGCUUCUGUCRUUUUCUUCUGAUUUGUASUAUUAUAAGGUAGCCUACCUACGCCUGAACUAUWAGUC